AUGGCAGUGGCUCAUUGGCAGGAUGGGCGCCCGGUUGACGGUGGGAGUCCACGGCGCGUGGUUUCAUCCAGGCUCAUUGGCGUCGUUGGUGGCGGUUCAGCCCCUCUCGUGUCGAUGCCACAACCUACCAGCUCGAUGCUGCAUCCGGGUCCCAGUGGCGUGAUUCGGCGGGUGAGCCCACGCCAGCACUUCGAGCACGAACUCCUUCGCGCUGGAGAGACGAAAGUCGUCUCUGAAAAGCCCAUCUCCCGUGAGGAUCUCAUGGCUGGCGGGCGACUGCGAGAGGCCAAUCCUGGCGCGAAGCUUCCGGAGCCGGAGCCGCGUCUCUCUUCGGGCUGCAUGUCUGCCCGGCGAGUGGAGGCGCCGCUGAGUGGCUCACUUCUCUCAGCCACACAAGCUCGAGUUCUCUCUCCGGUGAUGACGCGUCCGAGGACCGACUCGAUGUAUGUGGAUGUGGCACCCUGGCCUGGGCCCCCAACGUGGGGAUCACAAGGGUCCUUUGGCCCUGUGGCCGGCCCGAGCCAUGACCCACGCGCAGGCUUGCCAGCCUAUGGGCCGCCGAUGCAAAGCAUCCGGUAUCCAGAGCCGCAUCCCAUGAUGCAGCGCUCAGGAGGCCCGCCGAUGCAUCCGGCUGGCCCCUACCAGCCUGCGGACUUCUGGGGCUCGGCGUCUCGCUCCCCAGGUCCAAUGUUUCCACAGCCGCCGCAGGGCGCUGGCCGGCCAAGGCGACCUCUCCGAAGCGAACGAGGCCCCUCCUACGGCACGCAGGCCCUGAAUUGGCUCUCGAGGACUGCUCACCAGGCCACAGGCGGUUUGUUGGGCGACGCAACUGCUGGAGAGGAAGAGGCUGCUGGCACUCAUGGCACUAGCCAAAUUGCUGGUGUUCUGGCGGAGCAGCCCUUUCCCAGCGAGCACAUGCCCCCUGGCGCGUCUGGCCCUGCCAUCGGUUUCCCACCAGCAUGGUCUUCAAUGCCUCCCACAGGCCCGCGUGGUCCGGAAGCAUUCAAGAUGGGACCUCCGCAGCCCAUGGCGUGCACUGGCCACAUGCCGCCGCCACAGCCGGCCAUGGCUUCCAUGGGUUCCUUCUCCCAAAGCUGCGCAGCUCCUAUGCGCUAUGGCGACGUGAACGCAGGAGGCUUUGGCAGCAGCAGUCAGGUUCUCCCCAGCCAGAUUCCAGCUCAGCACAUGCCUCCGGUAAACACCUACCCCACAGCACCCGCCAUGUAUGAAAGCCAACCCAGCGCAUCCACCUACUGCAACGGAGGCACAGCACCUGGCAUGGAUCACAUGACGUCACCGUACACCCAACAAUACCCACACAGCCACCCCAUGCCUGGGGAACAUCCGUACCCUGCACUUCAAAGCCCACCCCAGCCCCACGAGCCCACCCCCAACCAGCCUGCCCCCGAUGCAGCCCACGCCUACCCGGAUCUGGCACCCCCCGACAAUUUCUAUGACUCCCCAAGUUUUCAGCCCACCCAUCAGCCGGCCUACGAUGUUCCUCCG